UUUUCUACUUUUUGAAUUUUUGGCAAAUUUUUUGAUUUAUGUAGGUUGUUCACUUGUCUGUUGAUGAUGAGGUAUUUUAACUGGUGCUGCGUGUUACUAUGUUGGAUUUGGAUGGAAAGAUUGACCUUAGUGGAUCAGCCACCUCUCGUGGAGCUUAUCUCGGUUCUUUUUAAAACAAAAUUUAAAAAAUGUUAGGGACUUUUCCUCUAGGGGGUUUUUUCGAAAAGGCUCAUGGUUUUCUCUUUACCUUUCAUUUUGAAUCUAAACUUAUCACCUUAAUAAUCACUAACAUUCUCCUCCAGAAAACCUUUUAUUUGAAAAAUUAUUUUACUUUCACAAAACGAAUAGUUUUUUGACCGUCUUUUAUUUCACUCACUUAACUAGUUUUAUAUAAAAUUACAUGCCGAGUCGUUAACUCUCGAAUUAAAAAAAGUAACAGAAAAAAGGUGUGAGAACGUCAACAUUAAUAAAAAAAAAAAAGAAGCACUCGUAUUUAAAUAAAUACAACAAUUUUCCCCUCCCCUUUAACAUUCCUUUUUAUGGGCUCUUUUGCUUCCCUUUCAUAUAAAGCACCCAUUUUUGUGUCUUCUUCCUUUUUUGCCUAAUCUAAAAAGUAUUUUAUUUGCUGGGGAUUUAUUAAAGAAUCACUGUUAUAGGGAAAUAUUGUUGAGGGCUUCUUCAUUACUUUUUGUUUUGCUUUUUUGAUUUUUCUCAUUUCUUUUCUUCCUAUAGUGUUGUUGGUCGAAACUGAACUGUUUAGGAUAUCCGAAGAUUUUCCAUGAGCCGACAACCCUACUUCCUUAUUUUUUGAUUUUUUCUCAUAUUUUUGACUUGAUUUUCUGGGGUUUUCGGUUGUAUUGUUUAUUCUGAUUCUUUAAAAUUUUAUUUUUCCUUUAUUAUUUUCUCAAAUUUUUUAGUAAAAUAUCUGUGAUAGAGCAAUAAAUUAUGAAAAUCACUUAUUGUUGUUGAUGGGCUGCGCCCCAAGUGUGCACAAUUGGAACGGGUUUGUUGGCUCACAGAAUCCUGCUAAUAAAUUUCGGAGUCCAUGUUGUGAAUUCCUUCUACAUAAUAUUGUUCCAGGACGUCGAAGAGGAGAGAACGAUGGAUUGGCAACAACAGCAGCACAAGAUAAUGACGAGAUUGACUUAAAUCUGCACAGACUACUAAGGCUACAACCGCCAAUUUCUAUCGGUAAAAUUUCUUUUUAA